AGUUCGCAAAAAAUACAAAAUCCCGUUUCGUCGUCAAAGGUGUGAAAAUGUCUUGAAAUUAUUUUCGUGUAAAAUACAUGAUAAAUGAUCAUAUUUUUAAAUGACUUAAGUUACUGAAUAUCGUAUUAAGGGUUGUGCUUGCAACAUCCGUCUUCCCGGUUGUAAUUCCUCCCCCCCCCCCCCCAGGUGUUUCAACCAUGCUAGUCAAACUCAUAUUUAUUUCUUUCUUCAUCUACAUGAGUACACUGGUUGCAUCACAGACCAGUUCAUCCCUGUAUGCUGUAGUUGCUCCAUCAAAAUUGAGACCAGACAUCAUUUACCAUGUGAGCAUUACUCUCUACGAUGCUCCUGCUGCAACAGAUUUUAUUGCAAGAAUAUCUGGACUUUCUGAAAAGGGAGACUUUAUUGAUGUUUCAAAAAAUGUUCAUGUUGAACCCAAGAAAACUGAAAUUGUAGAUUUUGAGUUAUUUGAUUGGAAACCUGGUAAUUAUUCUCUGGAAGUUGUUGGAAAUGGAGGAAUUAAUGUCCGAAAUUCUACCAAGCUAACUUUUGAGCACAAGAGCCAUUCGGUUUUUAUUCAAACUGAUAGACCUGUGUACAAGCCUGGACAACUUGUUCAGUUCCGAGCUAUUGUUGUGGAUCCAUUUUUGGUACCUAAAGUAAAUCAGUUUCCGAUUGAUUUCUUGAUUAAAGAUGGACAUGGAAAUAGUAUUCAAGAAUGGAAACGUAUUCCUACUGUUAAUGGUGUUUCUUCAGCUUCAUUCAAACUUGCAAAUCAACCAGUGCUUGGAGAUUGGGAAGUGCAUGUCAAUGUUGAAGGACAGAAUUUUCAUAAAGCGUUUACAGUUGCCGAGUUUAUUUUACCCACUUAUGAAGUUCGGAUAGAUUUGCCAUCCUAUGCUACUUAUAAUAAAUCUGAUGUUGUUGCAGUAGUUGAAGCUAUGUAUUCAUAUGGAAAACCAGUUAGAGGAGAACUAACCUUAACAGUUGCACCAAGGACUAGAUAUAAUAAAUUAACUGUUCGUCCAUAUGAAUCUUUUCAAACAAAAACGAGGAUUGAUGGUUCUGUUGAAAUUUACUUAAAUCUGUUAAGGGAUUUAUCCCUCAGGACAGAUUUUUUCAAAAGAGAAAUUGAAUUUUUUGCCCUUGUUGAAGAGGAAGCAACUGGUCAUAAAUAUAAUUUCACAAAUACUAUGUGGAUCUAUGACAAGGACAUUAAAAUUGACUUGAUAAGGACAUCUGAAACCUUUAAACCAGGACUGCUGUACACUGCUUUUCUUAAAGUUUCUUAUCAGGAUGAUACUCCUGUUUCUGAUAGCAGAGGUCUUUUGGAAUUAAAAUAUGGUUACUCCAUCCGUGAAGAGGAUUGGAAUACAACCUUCCUAACUGUACCUCGCAACGGCCUUGUUAAGUUUGAAGUUUUACCUCCUAAUGAAGAUGGCGUCAAUUUUUUGAACAUGAGAGCCAUUUUUCGAGGCCAGACGUACUAUCUGGACCGUAUUGAUGCCGCCCAAUCUCCUAGUGGAAACUUUAUUCAAGCUAUACUCAUCACUCAAAAUCCAAAAAUUCUUCAGAAUGUUGAAAUGGAAGUAAAUGCUACAGAACCUCUUAACCAGCUUACAUAUAUGGUAUUAGCUAGAGGAAACAUAGAAAUUGCUCGCACAAUUCCAGUUCCCAACCAGAAAGUUUAUAGAUUCAAUUUCAGAGCACCUAGUUCUAUGGCACCUCGAGCUCGUGUUUUGGUUUACUAUAUACGAAGUAGAAACAAUGAAAUUGUUGCAGAUUCUGUAAAUUUUGAUGUACAAGGACUAUUUAGGACUUCAAUCACUAUGAGUUCCAGUGCUAAAGAAGCCCAACCCGGACAAGAGAUCAUCAUUAGACUACAAACUGCUCCAAAUGCAUUGAUAGGGAUUUUAGGUGUAGAUGAGGGUAUUUCGAAAUUAAAAUCAGGCAAUGAUAUAACACAGGAAGAGGUUAUUAAAGAUCUUGAAACAUAUGAUGGCGGACAAUCCACAAAGUAUAACCCUCCCUGGUAUCGUAGAAGAAAGAGAUCUUUAUCUUGGCCUGGUUCAAAAUCAGCUGGCCUUUUAUUUUCUGAUUCAGGAGCUGUUGUCAUGACUAAUGCACUACUGUUGAGCACUGGAAAUGAAGAUUUGUUUCCAGAAAAUGUUAUCCGCAUUGAUGAAAAUCCAAACAGUGCACCAAUACAACCCCCUUCUGAACUUCCAGAUGCAAUUGUAUCGGAAGAUCGAUUAGUGAUAAGAAAAUUGUAUCCAGAAACCUGGUUGUGGGUCAACACUUCUUCCGGAGUGGACGGUGUGGCAUCAGUUACUCAUGUUGUUCCCGAGUUUUUAACAACUUAUUCUAUAAGUGCUUUUGCUAUACAUCCCUCAGAUGGGCUGGGAAUUUCCACUUCCAUAUCACAGGUGUCAGCUUAUCGACCAUUUUUUAUUACAAUGAGCUUGCCAUAUACCGUGCUUAUGGGAGAAGAUUUAGCAAUUCAAGUAGUAGUAUUCAACUAUAAUAACCAAGCAAUCCAGGCUGAAGUUUCAAUGGAAAACAGAAGAAGAGAAUUUGAAUUCACUACAGCUGGUCAAGAAAAUGCCAAUUUUGAUGAACAAAAUCGACGAACCAAAAUAGUCACGAUACCGCCAUCUGACGGCAUACCAGUAUCAUUUCUUAUCACGCCUAAAAAGGUGGGUUACAUAGAAAUCAGAGUAUCUGCAUCAUCCUCCCGUGCUGGAGACUCUUUGAGCAAACGUCUUCUCGUUCAACCUGAAGGUUCUACUCAAUUCUUCAAUAAAGCCUUUUUGGUGGAUUUACGCAGCCCAGGCAGGCAGUUGAAGAAAAAUGUGUCUACAAUUAUUCCUAGAAAUGCAAUUCGUGAUUCUGGAAAUAUUGUAGUAUCUGCUUGUGUUGAUUUGAUGGCUCCUAGCAUUAACUCCAUCCAUAAAUUGUUAUACAUGCCACAUGGUUGUGGAGAACAAAAUCUUAUUACUAUCGUGCCUCAGAUAAUUAUACUGGAUUAUCUAGCUAACAGAGUGACUUCAGCCAUAAAGGAACGAGCCAUUGCCGGCUUAAGAAGUGGAUAUCAAAGACAAUUAACUUAUAAGAGGGCAGAUGGUUCAUUUAGUACUUUUGGUGAAAGAGAUCGUAGUGGUAGUACAUGGCUAACAGCAUAUGCCUUGAAAUCCCUUAAGCAAGCCCAAAAGUAUAUUUUUGUUGAUCCUGAUGUUCUGAAUAAAGGAUUAGAGUGGAUAAUAUCCAAGCAGAGCUCUGAUGGAUCCUUUGAAGAACCUGGAGAAGUUCACCACAAAGCAUUACAAGGUGGAACAGAAAAUGGUGCCGCAUUGACAGCAUUUGUACUACUUGCACUUUUUGAAAGCAAUGCUCGAGAAAAAUAUGGUCAGCAGAUGGUUAUUGCAGAGAGAUACAUUGAAAGAGAACUAUCUUCUAGUUCAAGUCCAUAUGUAGUGUCAAUUUUAAACUAUGUCUUGCAUUUAGUCGACAGUCCUUCAAAGAAUAGAGCUUUUCAAAUGCUGUUGAAUAUGGCUGAAAGACAAGAUGAUAUUAUGUUCUGGGAUAACAAAGAAAAUCAAGUAAAUAUGACUGAUAAACAAUCUGACUAUUGGUUCCUUGCCCCAUCUAUUGAUAUAGAGACUGCAGCUUAUGCAAUUCGUGCAUUUGCUCUUAGGCAAGAUGCAGCUGGAGCAAUCCCUGUUUUAAAUUGGCUGAUUUCAAAGCAAAAUAAGAAUGGUGGUUUUUCUUCUACUCAAGAUACAGUUGUUGCUCUUCAUGCAAUGAGUGAAAUUGCUCCUUUUAUAACACCUCUGAUGUCCAACAUUAAUGUUAAUCUCAAGUAUCCGAGUGAGGAAAAAUCUAUACAAAUUUCCAGCUCUGAAUCUUUGAAAGUGAAAGAAAUUGAGGUUCCAACAGAUGUGUCAUAUGUGGAAAUUGAAGCUACUGGCUCUGGCAUUGGAGUUGUUCAGGUAUCAUGGUCCUUCAAUCUUGCAGUAUCAGGUGAAGCUCCGAAGUUUUUCUUAAAUGCUCUACUUGACAAGACAUCCACUGCUAGCUACUUACAACUUAGCAUUUGUUCGCAUCAGCGAGAGAGAAAAAAUGACACCAGCAAUAUGGCUGUAAUGGAGGUUAGUUUACCAUCCGGUUAUGUGGCCGAUGUUGAUGCACUACCAAGCAUACUACAAAUUCCAAAAGUUAAGAGAGUGGAAACUCAGCUUCAAGAUACUGGAGUUGUGAUUUACUUCGACCGAUUGGAUAGGGACGAAUCCUGUGUGACAGUUCCUGCUCAUAGAAUACACAAAGUAGCCCAUCAGCGAAGAGCACCUGUGAAAGUAUAUGAUUUUUAUAGUCAAGCAAAGAGUGCUCGAAUGUUUUAUCGUCCCCAUAAAACUGUACUGUGUGAUAUUUGUGAUGAAGAUGAUUGUGGAGAUGGAUGUUAUAAAGAAACAAAAAAUCAGGAAGAGCGGCAGUUACCAAAUAGUGGAACAAUGAGUUUGAUGAAUCACUGGGUCAUCUGUUGGAUAAUUUUGUUUUUCUUUAACUGAGAUUUUUUUAAAAAAUGAGCUUGAGCUGAGCCAGCUUGAAUGUAUUUUUCUACUGACUGACUGAUGCAAGUGUCUUUUUAAAAAAUGCCUGUUAGUUUGAAAAACGGAACUUAAGUAAAGCGUGAUGUAUUAUUAUUAUUGACAAGAAAUAAAUGCACUUGACUGGUACCAUUAA